UCUUGGACGAGUCCAUGUUUGGAGAUAAGCUAAAAUUUUUGUAGAAUUUUAUAUAUAUUCUAUUUUAUUUCUUAUGUACUAUUCGUAUAUGUAUUAAUAUAUAGACAGACUUUCUUUCCUGCGCAAUACGAUUUAUUUAUUGAAAUGCAAUCAGCUGUUAUGUAACCAUAUAACAUAACCCAACCACACACAUAUCCAAGUGUAUUGCAGUUUGUACAAAACUUGCGAUUCAUAGGCAGACUGCAUCUGGAUUCUGAAUGAAGUGUCGUGUAGCGUCGGUGUCCAUUGUCUUUGCAGCAGACUCAUGCGCACUAUAGAGAAUUCUUAGACGCUAGACAAUGCGUAGUUAAGUAAAAACAGUUUAAAAGACUUUAACAUUCGAGAAAUAUAAAAGCAAAAGAUAAUAAGAGUUGCAAAUGUAGCAUUUUCAACCGCUCUGGAUGAGUCUACUUUUGUAUCUGGCAUGGAGCAGACCAAAUAGCUUUGUUUCAGCCAAUUAUGUUUGUAGGGCUAGUACCUGAAAAACUAGCGAGUCUAGAGUGCUAGGUCAAAGAAUAUAGACAAAUAUAGAAGCACGGUUUUUGGUAGCUCGGGCAAAGAAUAUAGAUGAUCUAUAUUCUUUGCUAUUAUGUUACAGCUGUUAGCAGUGCAGUAUCAUUUGUAUUACCUUCGAUAUUGACAGUACUAUUUGGUACUAUUAUUCUCUGGAAUGCAAAUGGCUGGGGUACUCACUAUAUACGCAAGUAUCCCAGCUCGUGUAAUCCCGGGGUACCGAGAACCGUGCUUCUAUACUCAUCUAUAUACUUUGGCUAGGUACUUCACCACCUAAAGUUUCCUAUCGAUAACAAUGUACAAAUGGUUGAGAAAAAUGCAUCUCUUCAAGUUCUAAUUUCGGUCUUCCUUCUUGGAACUUUAUGCUAAUAAGUGCAUCAACAAUUCUGACAGAAUAAAUGAAUUGUAAAUUAUAUUUUAUACCAACUAACAUUCUACCGAACAUGUUUCAUAAGUAUAUUAUAUAUAUUAUUGCGCUCAAAUAUACGCUUAUAUAAUGCACCCCGGGGAAUAUUCGUAACUACUUGUAUAUAAUUAUUUUCCUAAUUUACCUCAUAUCCAUAUAAUUUAUUCAAAUUUGACAUAAACUAAAGUUUAGCUGAACAAUAAUUAUAAAAAAACCUGUAUUUCUUAUUGUGCUACGUAUGUCAAUUGUAAAUCUUUUAUAGAAUAUUAUCAAAUUGUUAUUUUUCUUGGCUUGCAUUGAUAGAAGAAUAACAAUUUAGCACAUAUUAAAUGCAAUAAUGUUUUUCUAACGUUAGAUGCACGGACAAAUGCAUAAUAAAAAUGUAUAAAUUGUGUAAACUAUAAGUUUUUAACAGUUCGCAAUGCAAUUACAUUUGAUAGCCCGUUUGAGGCUAGCCAGGUCCAACUUAUGAGUAAUCGCACAUAUAAGCGUAUGUAAUUUGUAUUCAUACGUAACAUGAUACAAUAGCAUGGUACUACAGCUGUUGGUUCGCGGAAUAAGUGAGUGUCCCUCUUGCUGCACAUCACGUGUUAUGUAUGAAUUUGUUGGAUUCCCCAGUAUAAGUUAUAUAUUAUAGAAAUAACGCGGAGGUCAACCGUGUAGAUCAGGAUCAGGACGAACAAGGCUGAUGCUAUUUAACGAUAUUAUUGCAAGAAUAUAAUUUGAUUCCCGAUAAAAUUGUGAUACUAACGAGAUCGUCAUGCUAUGCAACUUCCGUCAGAGGACAUAUAAAGCCACACGCGCUUCUACCUGCACGCAGAGUGAUGUUGUUUGUCCGGUUGCAAAAUGCAAUCACUUGGCGUAUUGCUGUUGCUCCUCACCUGUCAACUCGCCACGCCGAUACCAAUUUUCGAUAGAGAUGGUACAGCUUUACAUAGUGGACAUCGAUCAGCUGGAUUCGGAGAAACAAUACGAGAUUGGUUCAGAAUACUCAAGGAUCGAAUCGUGGGAAAAUGGCAAGAGUGGUUUGGUAAUGACGGUCCAACACCGACUUUUUCACCGCAGGAUAUUUUGAACAUCGAUAAAACUAUAGGAAAUAAAAUACCGGGUUAUCCAGGCUUAUUCUUGGAUUUGUCUAGCAUAUCCUUGGACCCAAAACAAGAUUGGGGUGUUCGAGUUGGUAACUGGUACAUCAUCCGGAAAGUUACAGGCAAUAACUACAGUCCAGAUAGCGAUUCAGAUGAGUGGGAUAUGAGACCUCUGAUGCCAAAUCUCCCAUCGCCUCCCAUGUUUGGAAUCGAUUGGACACCUAACGUACGUGAACUCGAGAUUCCAGCAGUCACGCAACUUCCAACGACUAGGCCGAUUGAAUGGACUACACCAAGACAACAGACAUCCCAAACUGUUGCACAGACUGAAUCAAUCUCAACUGAGUCUACUAUAAAUCUUGCUGAACCGAAUCCACUUACCACUCAAUCAACUGCAACUUCCGCAGAGCCGAUUGCAACAUCGACUGAUGAAAUUCUAACUUCUACUGAAUCAAUUGUAACAAACAGUGAAUCAAUUACGAUAUCUACCGAAUCAACCUUAAUAUCUAUGGAAACAACAACGGUUUUUAUCGAAUCAACUGUUUCGUCCACUGAAUCUGUAGUAACUUCCACCGAAUCUGCAAUAACUACUUCCGAAUCUGCAAUGACUUCUUCCGAAUCUGCGGUGACUUCUACUGAAUCAAUUAUACCAUCCAGUGAGACAAUGUUGAAUUCUACUGAAUCAGUUGUAACAUCUAUCGAAUCUACAAUAACUGUCACUGAAUCACCUGCGGCAACAACCGAAGAAACUGUAAUUAGUACUACCACUGAAUUACCUAUAACAUCUACCGAAUUAAUUUUACCUGUUCUCAAUAAGAGAAUAGAAGAUAACGAGACUGUCAAUACACGUUCUACAAAAAAGCCUCGUCCAGCAUCUGCUGAAGUUAUAAUGUUUUAAAACUCGAUUUCAAGAUUACAUUUAUGAGAUGAUUCAAUUUUGUUCACUUAAUAAAUAUAAAAAUGAGCCUAUUGUGAAUAUACUUCAAUGUAAUUAAUUUGAAAAUAUUAAUAUAUGACAGGAAAAAUUAAUAGAAAA